CGAGGAGGGGAGGAAGAGAGGAGGAAGAAAAGGGAGAGGAGGAAGAGAGGAGGAAGGAGGUGGAAACAGAGGAUUAACGUCGCUGCAGAAAACCUCAUCCCUCCAUCAGAGAGGACGACAGGAACCUCAUCCCUCCAUCAGAGAGGACGACAGGAACCUCAUCCCUCCAUCAGAGAGGACGACAGGAACCUCAUCCCUCCAUCAGAGAGGACGACAGGAACCUCAUCCCUCCAUCAGAGAGGACGACAGGAACCUCAUCCCUCCAUCAGAGAGGACGACAGGAACCUCAUCCCUCCAUCAGAGAGGACGACAGGAACCUCAUCCCUCCAUCUUUGAGGCUGGACUGAAGGAGGGAAGGAAACGGAGGAGUGAAGGAGGCAAGGAAACGGAGGAGUGAAGGAGGGAAGGAAACGGAGGAGUGAAGGAGGGAAGGAAACGGAGGAGUGAAGGAAACGGAGGAGUGACGGAGGGAUGGAGGAGAUCUGAGUCGGAGUUCCUCUCAGACCGGUGGAAUCAUGAGGUCGCAGGAGCAGGCGUCGUCCUUCCGGAGGUUCUUCCAGUACGUGGAGGACUCCGGACUCCGGACCUACGACGGGCUGGUGAUCCAGAACGCCUCGGACAUCGCCCGCGAGAGCGACCGCGUCCGGAACCAGACCAACUGGACCUACCUGCAGGAGAAACACCAGAAGAAGAGACGGCAGGAGGACGCCAUCAAGAGGAUGGGUGAGGACGUUGCCAUGGCGACAGACGGGGCGUACACGGGGAAGCACUUCAGGAUGGGCUUCAUGACCAUGCCGGCCCCCCAGGACCGGCUGCCCCCCCCCGGCCAGGGCUUCACCGUCAGGUCGCAGUCCCUGCACUCGGUGGGGGGGGGAGACCAGGACCAGAACCCGGGCCGCCCCCCCCGGCAGCCCCCGCCCAAGCCCAAGAGGGACCCCAACACCAAGCUGAGCGGCAGCUCCGAGGGCGUGGACGGAUGGGACGGGGGGGACGGAGGGGACGGGUCCAAGAGGGAGGACACCAGAGACGGGAUGGAGACGGAGGAAGGUCGGUGUCUCCUCCACACCGAGGAGAGCAGGAAGUUGCCCCCUCCCAAACCCAAGAGGAACCCCAACACUCAGCUCAGCACCUCCUUCGACGAGUCCUUCAUCCACAACCGCGGCAGCAAGAAGUCGUCUCUGCGAGGAGACAAGUCCUCGUCCCAGAGCCAGAGUCCGGCGUCCCGGGACACGGACGAGGACGAGCCCAUCUACAUCGAGAUGGUGGGGAACGUCCUGCGGGAGCUGAAGGGCCGCGACGCCGCGGAGGACGAGCAGAGCGAGUCGGUGUACGAGGAGAUGAAGUAUCCCAUGAUGGAGGACUUCCUGCAGGACGCGCAGUCCGCCCUGCUGGACCCCGAGGCCUGGGCGUCCCGGGGCUCCGACAUCCCGCCCCCCUUCCCCAACCUGCUGACCCACCGGCCCCCCCUGCUGGUGUUCCCCCCCGCCCCGGCCCAGUGCUCGCCCAACUCCGACGAGUCUCCGCUCACCCCGCUGGACGUCACGCGCCUGCCCGUGAUGGACAACGUGGCCUUCAGCAAGUCCGGCAGUCCGGAGCCGCCCCAGGGCUCGGGUCACCGGGACCGGGACCGGGACCGGGACCUGCCCUCCACCCACACCAUCACCUCCUCCGGUCGCUCCUCGGCUCCGCCUCUCCCCUCCAACUACUACAAGUCGUCAGGCUCCGCCCACGGCGGCCACGGCUACCCGCGCAGCCAGUCGGCGUGCCCGUCCCCGGUCAGCAUGGGCCGCUCCCUGACCCCCCUGAGCCUGAAGAGACCCCCCCCGUACGACGUGGCCCUGAUGGCGGGGGGGAGCAUGCCGCGCUCCUCGUCUUCGUCCUCGUCGUCAUCACACCGGGCCGGGGAGGGCGGGGCUAAGCUCAGUAACUCCUCCCCCCCCCACGGCUCCAUGCACAACAUGGCGGCGAGGCCCGGGACCCCCACCAGGCCCGGGACCCCCACCAGCCCGCUGGACGACGGCAGGCAUGUGAUGAAGAGGAACUCGGGGGGGAGGAAGAGCCGGGAGGGCGAAGCAGACUGCAAGUCUCUGCCCCGCCUGGACAGCAGAACCAGAGACGGCCAGUCCAGUCCGGUUUCCAGCCGGAUGGGGAGGUCGUCGGUCAGCCCGACCAUGAUGCUGUCGGGAGGAUCGUCUGCAGAACCUAAAUCUGCCUGUAAACUCGGCCGGUCGGCAUCGACGUCAGGAGUCCCGUCGCCGGCGGCAACGUCGCAGCGUCACCUGCAUGAGUCGCAUCACCCUGCCCUCAGCCAGAUGCCGUGGCUGUGCGGCGACGCCACCAUGAUGGAGAUGAUUGAGAGGAAGAGGGUUCUGUGCCGGGAGAUCCGCCAGCGUCCCGACAGGAACCUGCUGAAGCAGGAGAGCCUUCCCAUCCUGCCCUGGAGGAGGAAGCAGCCGCCGCCGUACUCGGCCCCGCCCACGGCCACGGGCCCCGCCCCCGGGGGGCUCUGGGACACGGCCAUCUGACCACAGGCCCCGCCCACGGCUACGGGCCCCGCCCCCGGGGGGCUCUGGGACACGGCCAUCUAGCCAGAGGCCCCGCCCACGGCCACGGGCCCCGCCCCCGGGGGACUCUGGGACACGGCCAUCUAGCCAGAGGCCCCGCCCACGGCCACGGGCCCCACCCCCGGGGGGCUCUGGGACACGGCCAUCUGACCACAGGCCCCGCCCACCCCACAGGCCCCGCCCCCGCCGUGCUCUGGGACACCAGGGCCCCGCCCACCGCCACAGGCCCCGCCCA